UGUGAUUGGAGGGAAACCCCGUGGACUGCAUUCACACAGACGGGCUGAGAGAAUCAGCUGUAGCUUGUUGGCACGCCGAAAUCACUGCUAUCUGCCAGUACACAGUGAGCAGUCAUGAGCGAGUCAGUCCAGAAAGAACAGGUGCAAAAGGCCAAGCUGUCCGAGCAGGCCGAGCGGUAUGAUGACAUGGCUGCUGCAAUGAAGGCUGUGACGGAGGAAAACAGCGAUCUGUCGAACGAGGAGCGCAACCUGCUGUCGGUAGCCUACAAGAAUGUGGUGGGUGCCCGCCGCUCCUCGUGGCGCGUGGUGUCCAGCAUUGAGUCAAAGGCCGAAGGCGAGGGGAAGAGGAACAUGGCCAAACAGUACCGGGAAAAGAUCGAGAACGAGCUGAAGGAAAUCUGCCAGGACGUGCUGUUUCUCUUGAACACUUAUCUCGUUAAAAACGCCGUUGAAGCAGAGAGCAAAGUCUUCUAUUUGAAAAUGAAAGGAGACUACUAUCGCUACUUGGCUGAGGUGGCUACAGGAGACGAGAGGAAGACCAUCAUGGAGGACUCAAAGAACGCCUACCAAGUUGCCUUUGAUAUCAGCAAAAAGAAAAUGCAGCCCACGCACCCAAUCCGUCUUGGUCUUGCCCUCAAUUUCUCUGUUUUCUUCUAUGAGAUCCUCAACUCGCCUGAGAAGGCCUGCCAGCUGGCUAAAGAUGCGUUUGAUGAGGCCAUUUCAGAGCUCGAUGCACUGAGUGAAGAUUCGUACAAAGACAGUACACUAAUCAUGCAGCUACUGAGAGACAACUUGACACUGUGGACCUCUGAUAACCAGCAGGAGGCAGAGGAUCAAGUGGAGACCGGAGAAUGAGCCAGACCCCCACAGUCGUCCCUGUCUACCUGCCAUCAUCCCGGUUCAUCUUCAACAUGUCCAUCAACACUGAGACCACCUUAUUAUUAUCAUUGUCGUCCAAUUCUCUCCAUCUUUUUUCUAUUUAGUUCUCUCAACACUCAUCUCAUUCCUGCCGGUUUACUAUUCCUCCUUUUGUAGUAACUGUGGGGAAAGGGGAUGGGGAGGGAGGGUAAGUUUUGAAUUGCGUGGCGGGAGGGUCCAUGUGGAAGGGUAAAGUGUUUGGUUGCUGGUCCGCUGACCUUUUUUUUGUGUGGGGGAGCAAUAGGGUUGUUGCAUUGUUGAGGUGGUGGGUAAGAGGGCAAGUUCUCAGCUCAUGAAACAUGCAGCUGGUUGAGCUUUUAGAGUCAGAAAAAAGUUGUACUGUGUAUCCUAUUCAUGUUCACGGCCAUGUUCUCUAUUAACACCGUGUCUCGAUGAUAAAUCUGGUUUCACAAUGAGUUGGCUGCUCACAGUAGGACAGCAGCUGUUGGUCUGUGCUUGGCAGGAGGAAUGGCGGCGGAGGUAAAGACGGUGGAGGUGCGAGGUUUUGUUGGAACACAACGGUUACAUUCCAUUUACUGUCGGUUGCUCAACUUACUACUCUAUUAUUUCGUUUUGUUUUCGGGUGACCUGCUUUUGUAUUUCUAUGUAUCGAUUAUGAGGUAUAGAAAAUAUUGAACAAAAGAGCACACAAGCUUGUUGUUUUUAAGAGCACAGCAGUAAAGAAGAAGAAAUCCCAUGUGCUUAUCUAGUUACUGCUCUAUCAAAUUAAGAUUUUUUUUUAAUUUUAUUUGUCUUUUAUUCUUUUUUCUUUCAAUACUUGCCUCAACUGCAUGUUGGUAAGAAUUAGUUUGUGGAGAUGCAAGGAUGGUUGUGGUCGGGCGGGCUAGCUUUGUUCAUGUCUUUGGAAUUUUCAUACAGAACACCCAAGCAUAAUGUUAUUUGGGGGGGAAAUGUGUAAUUUCAUGUAAGUGGAAUAAAAAAUAAUAAUUUAAAAGUU